UAGUUUGUUGUCGUAGUUGUUAACAAUCUCAAGAUAAAUAUCUUACUUUACUAAACACGUGUUAAUUUGCUCGAAUGGAUGCAACAAGUGUUUGAAUUUAAAAGGAAUGGACGCAGUCGCGCCGGAGUCACUCGUGUAUUUAUAAAGCAGUUAGGUUGUUGUUGAGUCAAUUCGAUGUUAGUCGUGUUGUCGGUGUAGUUUUAGAUGAGCUGAUCUGUAUGUAGUGUUUCCUCCUUUGAUUUUGGAAAAUUUUAUUGUGGAUUAAUUAAACAUGAGAUAGGAGGCAACAACUUGAUUGUGGAUUCAGCGAUAAAUUAAUUGAUGCUGUAAAUGGGAAGAAGGUGAAAGAAGAACCGCAAAAUGGUGUACGAUUGUGGCUCGUGUUUGGCCAAGUAUAUUUUGUGCGCUUUCAAUUUUAUUAUAUUUUUAGCUGGUUCUGUGGUCCUAGCUGUUGGUAUCUGGUUAGCUGUGGAUAAAAAUUCCUUCGUAGGACUGAGCAAAAUCGUUCCCAGCGACCAUGUCCAGCAAUUUAUCCAACCUGCCGUCAUCGAGCAAGGGGCUUAUAUUUUGAUCGCCGUGGGAGGUUUCAUGUUUAUCGUGAGCUUUUUGGGCUAUUGUGGAGCUUUAAGGGAAUCUCAAUGUCUUUUAACAACGUAUGGCAUUUGUCUUUUGGUAAUUUUGAUUGCCGAAAUCGCCGUCGCUUGUCUCACAGUGGCCUACAAGCCGAAGGCGGAGGAGGAAACACGAAAAUUACUCAAAUCAACGAUUGAAAAUUACUACUCUCCACCGGAGAAUAAAGACGCCGUGACGUUAAUGUGGGACCACCUCCAAGCCAACUUGAAAUGUUGUGGCGUUAAUAAUUACACCGAUUAUCGGAGCAGCACGAAAUGGACAAAUAGUGGGAAAGUGAUUCCUGAAUCGUGUUGUGUCUUAGAAGGAGAUCCUUUGAAGUUGAAACCGAAAGUCCCGUCGUGUGUGACGAGUCCGAACGAAGUGAAUUCUUAUUAUAAACAGGGUUGCUUCGAUGCCCUCGUCCAUUGGGUCAUGAUACACGUUGAUAUUGUCAUAGGUGUCGCUGUUGGUUUGGGUUUGCUCGAAUUAGUCGGGAUAUUUCUAGCGUUUUGUCUAGCUAAAGCCCUCAACGGGUAUAUAAAAUAAGAAGCUUGUGACCAAGCUUUCAAUUAUGUUAAUCUAGUCGUUACGUUUUAUUGUUGUGUACAACUUGUAUGUAUAUAUUUAGUUCAUUUUUCGAAAGAAUUCAGUAUUAUUGUAACAGUGCCUUUCUAACUUUUGCACUUUGAAAUGACUUUUCUAUGUAACCCGAAAUAAAACAAAAAUCUGUUUAUUUGA